ACUCUAUCGGUUUUGUUUGCUGAAAGCACUCAGCAUUCUGCAACGGGGAGUCUCUGGAAUUCCAACAGAACAGAGUGAUCUCUGAAGCAGACGGCACAGCAAUUGGAUCAAGGUAGUUUGUGAAAGGUGGUUGUGUGGUCUUCCAUCGGUGGCUGCUUCUUACUAAACGAAAAUGGUUGUGCUAGCUGCUUCUAUUGUGAGUAAGUCAGGCAAAGUGCUUGUCUCCAGGCAGUUUAUGGACAUGUCUCGUAUGCGAAUUGAAAGUCUUCUUGCAGCUUUUCCCAAGUUGGUAGGCACAGGGAAACAACACACAUUUGUUGAGAAUGAGAAUGUGCGCUAUGUUUACCAGCCAAUAGAAGCUUUAUAUCUUGUACUAGUAACAAAUAAACAGAGCAACAUUCUUGAAGAUUUGGAUACUCUAAGGAUGCUCUCAAAGUUGGUACCUGAGUAUUCUUUAUCUCUUGAUGAAGAGGGUAUUUGCAAGACAGCUUUUGAGCUGAUCUUUGCUUUUGAUGAAGUCAUCUCCCUUGGGCACAAAGAAAAUGUGACUGUUGCACAGGUCAAGCAGUACUGUGAAAUGGAGAGUCAUGAAGAGAAGUUGCACAAGCUGGUCUUGCAGAGCAAGAUCAAUGAAACUAAGGAUGUCAUGAAGCGCAAAGCUAGUGAGAUUGACAAGAGCAAGAUUGAGAAGAAUAGAGGUGAUAAAGGAGGAUUUAUGUCCCUACAGUCAAUGGGAUCUGGAAGAAUUGAAAGUAGCUUCAGUGAUCUCAGCAUUUCUAGUGGUGGAGGUGGUUUUGGAAGUGGUUCUGGAUUUGGAUUGAGCACUGAUGUUGAGUCUUACUCUACAAAGUCCAAAGGCCGUCAACCUUCAGCUGCCACUGCUCCUCCUAAAGGUCUUGGUAUGCAGCUUGGUAAAUCCAAAAAGACAAACCAAUUCCUGGAAUCCCUUAAAGCAGAAGGUGAACUGAUUGUUGAAGAUGUGCAACCAAAAGCUGGCCAAUCCAGACCAGCUGCCCCACCACCUACUGAUCCCAUCACUUUGACUGUUGAGGAGAAACUCAAUGUCACACUAAAACGAGAUGGUGGGAUUAGUAACUUCGAUGUUCAAGGAACUUUGUCACUUCAAAUUCUUAACCAAGAUGAUGGGCUUAUUCAAGUUCAGAUUGAAAGUGGGGGUAAUCCUGGCAUCCUAUUCAAAACACAUCCCAACAUGAACAAGGAGUUGUUCUCCAGUGAAAAUAUUCUGGGGUUGAAGGACCCUAACAGACCUUAUCCUACUGGUCCUGGCGGUGAUGCAGCAGGUGUUGGUCUUUUGAGGUGGAGAAUGCAAAGUGCAGAUGAGUCAAUGGUGCCAUUGACAAUCAACUGCUGGCCCUCAGUUUCUGGAAAUGAAACCUACGUCAGCAUUGAAUAUGAAGCCUCAUCCAUGUUUGAUUUGUGCAAUGUCGUGAUUUCUGUACCUCUUCCAGCUCUUAGGGAGGCACCAAAUAUCAGGCAGAUUGAUGGCGAGUGGAGGUAUGACUCAAGAAAUUCUGUCCUAGAGUGGUCUAUACUCCUUAUUGACAACUCUAACCGCAGUGGAUCUAUGGAGUUUGUUGUGCCUCCAGCAGAUUCAUCAGCAUUCUUCCCCAUUUCCGUAUGUUUUUCUGCCACUAACACAUACAGUGACCUAAAGGUGGCCAAAAUAAUUCCUUUGAGAGGUGGAGCUCCCCCUAAGUUCUCGCAGAGGACAACUUUGAUUACGGAGAAUUACCAGGUUGUAUGAAUGGUUUUUAUGCAUGGUGGGUUAUGAAUUCUUGUUGCACUUUUGAAGCAGUUCACCAUUUGUAGCCAACUUUGAGGAUGAAAUGAGGAGAUUCUUUAUACUUCAUUCUAGAAGUUUAGAAAUCAGUAAUGGUGGACUUAUCUGCCGUUCAAAAAAAAAAAAAAGGACUCAUCGUUUUUUUUUUUUUUUUCAAUUUUCAUUUUGACAUAUGGUUUGUGUUCUGAUUCUGUAAUCACUUAAAAAGGAC